AUGGUGAAGGCGGACGUGCGCAGGGAUUAUUAUGCGGACUUGGGUCUUACGCCUAGUGCAGACGCCGAGGAUGUCAAGAAGCAGUUUAGGCGGCUAGCACUCAAGUACCAUCCCGAUCGAAACCCAGGUCGGGAGUUAGAAUUCAACGCCAAGUUCCAGGCUAUCCAGGCUGCCCACGAGAUCCUCAGUGACCCGCACCAACGGCUCAAGUACGAUACAGACAGGCUACGUGCUGGAUACGGCAAAUUCUACGGACCCCCCAGGGCCAACACAUCUCGAAAAACUCCUACAAGUCCCUACGCCGCCACGCCGAAUGCCAAACCCCAACCCCCCAAGCCGCAGUUCUCAGGACGCCCGCAGUCUUUCCAUAAUGGUCCCUCGACGGGUGCGCAACGCUUCGCCAGCUACGCGAGAGCCGCCCCCAGACAACCGUGGGAGAAGAUGCAGGAUGAUGGACAAACCAGGGCAGAUGCGUAUCGCGGGUUCCAGGAGAUGAAGGGCAACUCCACACCGGGCUGGUCGCAGUUCGACCCCCGCACUGGACGGGCAGGGUAUUCAGGAGCUGCGCCUCGACCGGACGGUACACCGAACAAGCAGUCCACCAGACCCAAGUCCGCGUACGAAUACUUCAAGACGUCUCCUAAGGCGACAGGCGCCGAGUCAUCAUCCCGCCCGCAAUCUACGCGGAAGAAGCAAGGCUUUGCCCCUCGCACUGCCGGUGGUGACGAGCCCAUGGCGGCAAAUACCUCGUCGUACACGAGUGUCCCUCGGAGGGAGAGAUUCCAGACGUCUGACCCUGUCUUUGAAUCCGUACCGUCCCCAACCGCAAAGAAACCUGCGACACCGUCCGACCAUCGUGCGGAAAGUACUAGAACGCCGGACUUUGAGCGGACGAGCAGCAGAUACGCGGGCACCGGCGGUGAGAAGACAUUUAUCUCGAGUUCCUGGCUUGGACGGGAAAGUCGCCGCAAUUCACCCGAGGGUGCCAGAAAUUUCUCACGGACGAAUCCUCCGAGCCCGACUCCUGCUCCAUCAGGACGGCAUCAAAGUGCUAGCCCCAAACUGAGGAAGGAUAGAAGUCAGCACUACGACUCUACGAGCUCCAGUGGCACUGAGGAGGAUGAAUUCCUCCCCAGAAAACCAAAGGCAGUGCCCAAGAGCAGGCUCCGAAACCAGAAGUUCUCUCAUUUCCGUUCUCAAGCCGAUCUCAAUUCUGAGAAUGAAGGACACAACUCCGCUGGUGCUGCUUCUGACGAAACUCCUUCAACUCGGUAUGAUACUCUCGCUCUCCUGAUACAAGAGUCCUUCGAGCUGACAAAGUUACUCGCGUGUAGGACUUCGGCUUCCAAGACUGCUCACGACCCAGGAUCUUUCAAGAGUAGCAGUCAUGAUGACCUGCGUGGAUCGUUUGCCGCUGGUAAUUGGGGUGGUGAUUUUGGGUUUGACUCCUUUGCUCCAGACGCAUGGAUCAAUAGUCCUAAUGGCCGCGGACGAACGUCGGCAAGAGCCAGUCCGACACGCGCAGGUCAGGCUGGAGGCGACCAGUCCCGCUCGGCAUCGACUUCCCAGCAACAACCACCUACUCCAUUCGCUGAAGCAAAGUUUUUGGCAGACGACUGGGCUGCGAAGCUCAAGGAUUUGAAAUUCGCCAUGCCGGACCAUGGCGAAGCACGACCGCAAGCGCAGGCAAAUACCCAGCGGCAGCGAAGCCCGAGAAAACAGACCAGGGCAGGCGCCAAGCUGCGACCCACGCCGCAACGGGCCAGUGUUGCUACAGAGGCUGAGGAGUCUCACGCGACUGUUGAUGGUGAUAACAAACAGGAAACCGCCGGCGCGAAUACUGAGCAGGCAGAGGCUAUGGAUCUUGAUGACGAAAUCCCUGCGGCAACUGUCGAGACCGCUCCCGCACCAGAACAGGCAUCCAGAGAUCCUACACAAGAAAUGCCACCACCUCCCUCACAGCCACCUACGGAAACCCCCAGCGCAAACGCUGCUCCCAAGGCCAAGACUCGCCUGUUCAACCUGAAUGACCUCGGCACCACAGCCCCGUUCACGAGUACAAACCACGGCGGGAUUGACGACUUGGAGGACAUUCACGCAACGCUACCCUUUGAGUCACGCGCAAAGGCCCCGAGGACAACGGUUCGGGAUGUUCGUCCAAGACAGCUGGUCUGUCCGAAUCCACCCAAGAGGCCCACUCCGCCGGUGUUGGUCCCUAUCAGCGCGGGGUCGCAACAAUUAGGUCUGCCCCGAGCCGCGUGGGAGCGAUAUGUCGCGGAGAUGAAUGCCUACAUGCGAGAGUGGAACGCCUUCAACCGCCGGUUGCUGCGUCAUUUCAACGCACGGCAGGAGGCCAUGGAGACCGGGAUGGCUCCCAACUGGAUCGGGGCUGUUGGGGACUCUACGCGUCUCAAGAUCGACGAACUGAAUGGCGAAGAUGACGACCGAGAGGCUCGAGAGGAUGCUGGUCAGGAGAACGAUGAUGAUGUUGUGGCUGGAAAUGCCAAGGCAGGGUACAGUGCGUAUUUGCGUGCACUGGACGAAGACGAACGGGUACAUAAGCAUUGGGAGGUUGCGCGUGAAAUGCACCGCGAGUGCAUCGUGAAGCUUGGCCAGAUGCGCCAAUGGAUCUUGAACGGAGGGAAACUGAUUUGA